CGAUACUGGCCGCUCAUAUCCACAACACCCAACCUUGACUACGCGUCUCCUCGCACUGAUACCUCAGCCGUUUGUAAUUGUGACUAGUAUAUCUUCGUCAUAUCACUUUGACCACAGGACACACAGAACUUUGAGAGACCCAGUUGUCUUACGACUUCAGUCCCGCCUUCAUCCCACAAAAAAGAGCUCGAAAUGGAGGAGGGCGAGCAGCAGUGGAAAGGCAUUGAGACUGCCAUUGAAGACCCGGAGGAGGCAAGAGUCAUAUAUUGUGCGCUCGACUCAUUUGUCCAAUAUGCCAGGAUAGCACAUUUCAACUGCACGCAUUUGAGGAGGCAGUCCUUUUAUGCUCUUCCCGAGGCUCACUGGAAGAUGCUGGCAGCGCCACCGUUCAACUAUCUGGACACCCUAGACAAGGUUGACGAUGCCAUCGAGUCCAACGCCGAACUAGCACGCGCCAUAGUCCGCGUAGGUCUGGUCAACUUCCAACCACAGGACGUCACGCAGGGUAGCGAACCCACGAUCCCUCCCCGAUGGAGGGGCUGCGCGAAACGCUUGGAUAUCGACAAAGCCCGUAGUACUCUCAGGCAGUUCUACCGAGACUGGUCCGCUGAGGGCAAAUCUGAGCGUGAAAUAUGCUUUGGCCCUAUUUUCCGCGCCCUGGAAGCACAAAAGGAGUCAAGACCAAAGGACGCCCCGCCCAUGAGGGUGCUUGUGCCUGGGGCAGGACUGGGCCGUCUUGUCUUUGAGCUCUGUGCCAAAGGGUACGUGUCUGAAGGCAACGAAAUAUCAUACCAUCAGCUGCUGGCCUCAUCUUAUAUCCUGAACUGUGUUGGAAAGCCAGGGCAACACACAAUCUACCCCUGGAUUCACACUUUCUCUAACCAUUCGACACGGGAUAACCACCUGCGAAGCUACGCCGUCCCAGAUGUGCACUGUGCAACCGAACUGACACGGCUGGAAGAGGAGGGAGUUGCCGUUGGAGAAAUGAGCAUGACCGCUGCUGAUUUCCUGUGUCUUUAUACUGAAGACUAUCAAGCCGAAGCAUGGGAUGCGGUAGCUUGCGUCUUCUUCCUUGACACGGCUCCGAACUUGAUUCGGUACCUGGAAACCAUCUUUUAUUGUCUGAAACCUGGCGGUCUGCUCAUCAACCACGGCCCGUUACUCUGGCACUUUGAGAACAAUGCGCCCGGAGGACACGGUCAUGACGAUGAUGAGGGUGACUAUGAUACCACCGGGAUUGCGGACCCUGGUAGCUUUGAACUCUCUGACGACGAGGUGAUGGCGCUGGUUACCAAGGUCGGAUUCCAAAUCGUCUCUCGCGAGACCGGCAUCGAAUCUCCCUAUCUUUUGGAUCAGGAGUCCAUGCUACAAACCGUAUAUAAGGCGAGCUCAUGGGUAGCCCGCAAACCACGCACUACGGCAUAGGACCUGAUUCACCUCUCAAGAAUUCACAACCGAACAUAGGCUGCUACCGCGAGCUUUAUAUAUAACAUAUGUACAUAACACAGGCUACAGCAGCUCAUGAACCAAAG